UCGAUUUCGUAAAUUAGAGAAUAAAAAUGAACGAGGACGAGAUCAACGAUUUUGAAACUGAAUUUAAAUUUGAAGAACCAAAGCCAGGCAGAUUAACAUUUCAUUUGAUAGCUAAGAGAAACUUACCAUUAGGAUAUGAUGAAAAUGACCAUGAUCAAGUAUUGAAAGAACUGAACGCAAUUUCACACAUUAGAUUAGACAGAGCAAAUAUUGGCCAAAUUGAUAGCUUUGAACUCUUGGGACCAAAAGUCACCAACCUCUAUCUGCAAGUGAACCUGAUAGAAAAGAUAGAGAACCUGGAAUGUCUGAAGAAUCUGACAUUUUUGACACUUGCUGAUAACAGAAUAAGGAGGGUUGAAAAUCUCAACUGUUUACCAAAACUGCAUUUCUUGGACUUGUCUCAUAACUGUGUCUCACAGCAGAAUUUUGAUAUAGAUGAAUUUCCACAGAGUCUGAUUAUUUUAAAUUUAAAAGGGAAUCCAUGUUGUAAUCAUCCAGAUCACAGAGGAAGAAUAAUUCAAGAACUGGUUAAUCUUAGACAACUUGAUGAAGUGGAAAUUUCAGCUAAAGAGAAAAGAGAAGUAGGAUUGGAGGCCAGUAGUGAUGAUGAUGAUGAAGAAGAAGAGGAAGAUGAACUAGUUUCAUCAAAUAAAAAGCCUCAAGAAAAAGAGUCUCUUCAAUCUUUUUCAACUGAGAUUUUAAUGAGGUCACAGAGACGUAUGGAACAAGGCUUAAAGGAUCACAAUUCUCAUACAGCUGAACUGGAUCAGAUACGUGAACGAACUCAUUUACCACUGUCAAGUCGCAGAGCUCAAAAGUCUUGAUCAAUGGAGAAUGUUAUACUAAAUGCAUUAUAUGCCUUCAAUAAAUGCUAUGAUAUCAGGAUAUUAUACUGUUUUAGAGGUGUCUCGUAAACAGGAGUUUAACUGAUGUUUCAUAUGUGACAGUGAAAACUGCUCUUCAAAAGAGGAUAUAUACUUAGCAAAACAAAAUAUAAAGUGAUAUAAAUAAAUAGAGACCAAUGUCAAAGAGUACCGUAGAUAAUUUUUACCGGUGAUUGCUGUCUAUAUAAAGGAACAAUAUUUCUCAACAGUCUGACGUAUAAUUAUUAUGUUAGUUUAUUGUUAUAUUUUUCAUUCCAAAAAUGUGAACCCACCUGUUUUAUAUGUGAUUUGUUGUAUAUUAGUAGAUUUUUUUACUUUUAUUAAUAUUUAGUUUUAUAUUGCAACAACAAAAUUAUUUAUAUUUAUAUAAAUGAUAAAAUAAAUUUAUUGUUUCAGAA